UCGAUAGUUUUUUCUGGUAAUAAAUGAAGACAACUAUCAAUCAAUUAGUUAAAGAUCCCAAUAAAUAUUAUCGACGAUAUGAAGGCCAGGAUACGACGAAUAUCGGCUUCGGUGGAUACGGCAUUAAGUCCAACAUCUGAUCAAUCAGCCAUACAUCCAACAACAACAGCCGUUUCUAUCCACACUGAUUCAAAUUUAACACCAGAAUUCUCCUCCAAUACAUCUUCGUAUGGAUAUAAUACUAAUCCUACUUCAAAGAGCCUCGACAUAUGUGUACCGGAAAGCCGUAUUGAACGGAUGCGAAAAUUAUUAAGCUCACCAUUAUUGAAGCGUAAAAAUGCUUCAUCAUCACAACAUCAACACCCACAUCAUCAUCAUCAUCACCACCAUGUUUGUUCGAAUCAUCAACAUUCGCCCACCACCAAUACAGCAGUCACCAGCAUUUCUAACAAUCGACAACAACUGCCACAACCAUCAUCCUCUGCAUCAUCGUCACCAUCUUCAUCACCCGCAUUAGGACAGAAUAUAUCGAUGAAAACAUUUGGAGUAUCAUUGGAAUCUUUAUCUCAUCAUCAACAUCCACAUCAUCAACAACAACAAAAUUCACAACAACAUUCGAAUCAUCAUCAUUGUAUGGAAGAAUAUUAUGUUCGUGAUCCAGAACAAAUUAUUGUGCCACAUCAAAAAGCGGCACAUAUUUUAGGGCAAGCUUGCCCCGGUUGUUUGACAAGUGCUCCAAGUAAUAGUAGUAGCACAGGAAGUAUAAAUGAUACAACAACAACAACAAGUAGUGGUCAUUUUUCACCUCACGGUAAUCCGGAUGAUAUUCAUUCAUCAUUAUCAUCGAUUGCAGCUGCAUCACCAUCAUCAGGUAAUUCAUCAUCAUCAACAACAUCAUCCACAGCUUCAUCCACCGGUGGUGUUGGUGGUGGGAGCAGCGGAAAUAUACCUUGUCUCAUACCGUUCAUAGUAACAAGACUGUGUACUUACAUUGAAAAUUCUGGCGGUUUGGUACAGGAAGGCCUUUUCCGAAUUAGCGGUAAUGCUAAACUUGUGGAUAAAUUAAAACAAUCAUUCGAUAAUAAUGGUGAUGCACCGUUAGAAACGGAUGGUGAUCUAGCCGCUGCAGCUGCCCUUCUUAAACAAUUCCUAAGAGAAUUACCACAACCAUUAAUACCGAAUGGAUCACAAUUUUUGGACGUUAUACGUUCAUUGAAGAAUGAUCAUGAAACUUGUGUGCUUAGUCUUAAGGCACUUGUUUCGCAAUUACCUGAUGAAAAUUAUUAUACUCUAAGAUAUUUAAUACGAUUCUUACAUCGUAUUGCUCAACGUAAUGAAGAGAAUCGAAUGACGUCAAUUAAUUUAGGAAUUGUAUUCGCACCUAACAUAUUUCGUGUCUGUGUAGACACAUAUCAAGGUCUCAAAGAUCAAUCAUCAGCUAAUGAAGUAGUAAAUUUAUUAAUUAGUGAUUAUUCUGAAAUUUUCAAUGAAUCAAGUGAUGUUGGUUGCCAUAGCAUUGAAGGGGCGGGUAGUUCGGGCGACCUUUCAUAUGGAUCUGAAUCGCAAUGUCCAUGUUCACAAUGUCCAGACAAUAGUGAUCAACAACAAAGAGAUGAUUUUGAAAAAGAAGAACACCAACAAAUGGAAGCAAAUUCACAAUCAUCAGCCAAUUUAGAUGUCCCAUAUGGAGAUCCAAAUAUCCAGGAAAUACGUUUACAAUUGGAUAAGAAAAGAAAAUCGUAUCAAAGUAAAAAUCAUCACCAUACAAUUGAUGAUCGUUUUCAUGAUGAUCAAUCGUCUCAAUCAUUGGAUUAUGAAAAUAAUGAUGAUAACAACAAUGAUAAUAAUAAUCAAUCAAUGAACACUGGUGAUUAUUAUCAUCCACGUCAUCAACCACAGCGUUGUAAUAGUGAAGAAAUGUAUGCAAAAAAUGUUGACCAAUCUAUGGUCAUUCGGUUAGGAUUGAAAAAAGAAGAUUUAUAUCGGAAAAGUUCUCAUUCACAUGAUAUAAUUAUAACGAAUAGCAGUGACAGCGUAUCCACAGAUGAUAAUACAACCACAGCAACAAGUACUGGUCCAACGGUUCGUUCUAUUAUUAUUGGCGUUGAACAAGUUGAUAUCUGCAAUCAAUCCGGUGGUGAUAUGACAGAUAUAUCGGAAGAUAAUUUUGCCGGUGGGAUUAUCACUGGACAAACAAUGCCUGAUUAUUCAAAAUUAUUGACCGUAGGUGAAGCCGGUGAUGGUGCUAAAGGUGCUCGUAGUAGUAGCUGUGGUAGUGAUUGUACGGAAAAUGUCAAUAUACCCACAAGUCUUAGUUUUGCAUCAGAUGAGGAUGAAGAUUCAUUACUGAAAUCGAUCGCAAGUGAAUGCAGCGAUGGUAAUGAUGAUGAAGACAACACCAGUUCAUCUAGUUCAAAUGACAAAAAUAAUAAUAAUAAUGGCAAUGAUAAUGUUGCUGAUGACCCACAAAAACUUGAUUCUGAUCAAUUAGUUGAUGAACAAAAAAAUCAACAGGAAUCAACCAUUGAUGAACAAAAACCAUCCGUUGAAAAUCAAAAACCAAAAUCCGAUGAUCCAACAGAGACACAACCUCAAGAAAAUGAGUCGAAAUUAUCAAAUGAUGAACAAGAUAAUCGCACAAAUAAAUCCCGAAUUAGGCGAUUACAAUCGAUACGAAAAAAAUUAAAAAAAUUUGAAAUUGAUUUCGAACAAGAAAAUGGAUAUCAAGCUUCUUUAGAGCAUAAAAUGAGUUCAUCUUUUGCACUACCAUUGAUGGUCGAAUUAAAUUCAUUACUUCAAGCUGAAGACAACAAAGACAAUCCGAAGCCUACUGAAUCUAUUGAUAAAAAGGCAAUCGAUUCUGACGAUUUUCGUAAUACUGGUGUUCCGCCAUCUGCAUGGAAAAGUUCAGCAGCGACUUCAUCUAAUAGUAAUUCGUAUGUGUUCACCACUGAAGAUAUAUUCAAUACAAUAUUCGGUAGCCGUAAGGAAAAAAGCUUAGCACGUAUUAGUGAAAUGAUGGCCGAUAUUGAACGUACUUUGAAUGAAAAACGUAUAAUUGCUCAAAGGCCAGAGUCAUUAGAUGUAAUGAAUGGUGAACAGAUUUUGGAUGAAAAACUUGCCCUACAAAAAGCAUUACUUCGUUUUGAAGCCCUGUGUGGUCGACCAAGCUCAAAAGCUGAACGAGAUAUUGUUCGACCCGUUUAUGAUAGAUAUCGAUUAGUAAAAAGAUAUGCUAGUAAAUUAAAUCAAAAACAAACACCAAAAUUAGAUCAAAACACUGAUCUACAACCAAUUCUUGAGCAUGUACAAAUGAAUUUCACAUCGCCAACACAUCAGAAAACUAUAGAUGCAUUAGCAACAGCCAUUGAAUUCAUAAAAAAGGAUCAUUACAGACAGGAAUUACAAUCUGAUCUGGAUCAAUCAUCUGCUAUAGUUACUACCUGUGAUACGACAAAUAAUUUAUCUACAUCAUCAAAAGAGAAAAACUAUCAUAUUAUGUCAUAUUAUGAGCUAAUGACACAUCUCAAUGAAUAUCGACAACAAAAACGUAAUCUUCGAUCAGUUCUACGAACGUUUGAAAAUGAUUUCUAUAAAAAAACUGGUCGUCCCGUUGAAAAAGAAGAUCGGUCAAAUAUGAGUUCCGUUUAUUCAUCAUACAAGACGAUCAAAGGAAAAAUUAAAUUAAUCGAAGCAUUGAUAUCGAAAAAAAUGCCUAAACAGUGAGACAAACAAACAAUUUUAAUUUUAAAAGAUUAUUUUACUCAAUACAUACACCAACACUAACUGAUAAAUCAAAUUUCUAAUCGAUUCAUUACAUAUAAAUUUUUUGCUCUUGUUAUUUU